GUUAAAUGGUUAAAAAAAAUGAAUAUUAAAUGAAUGGAUAUUUUGUGAAGGCGUCCAUCAAACGCGAGCAGGGUUAUUUUUGUAAAAUUUAGAAAAAAGAGAAACGGUUUUGAAGGAAGCGCUCGUUCUUAUUUUGUUUUGAAAGCUCCAUUAGGAAGUUAUACUACUCAAGAUGGCGGUCUUGAUGGCUCCUUGGAGACCAGUAUGAGUAAAAGUCGCCUUCUUCCUUCCCCUCCUCCUCCUCUUCCUCCUCCUCCCCCCCUCCUUGUCCAUUGGGCUCAUUUGUGUCCGGAUACAAACACUUUUCUCGUCAUAUGCACACUGUUAACUACAAGACGUCACGAUAUCAAUCCCAAAGAGAGCAGACCUUCAAGUGGGGACCAUUCUCCAGGAUGGAGGAUUCUCCAUCCAAGCUAUCGGUGGCUGAGCUGGCUGGCAGGUUCAAAGGUCACAUAGUGCCCAUGUCCAACGCACAUGACGAGUCUCCAUUUCGACGAAAACCUCCAUGUUCGCUGAGGUUUCCGGUUCGAGAAGAUGACGUGCAAGAAUCCGAUACCGACGUCGUUUCCACAAGCCCGAUUAAAAUCAGGAUGAAGAGCUCCAACAUCAUUGCGAGACUUCAGGAAGCUGUAAAUCCACUGGCAGAUGGCAGGCGAGACGCUGAGCUGGAGAAGCUUGGAGGAGAGGAGUUCGGGGAUGAUGCUGUUGAACGCAGACCUGAAGUCCACAAACAGGAUCCUCGCGCCAAUCUCGCUCUGUCGCCCACCACCCUGCUGCCGUCGCCCAAGGGUGCCGAGUUGAACCGGGAGCCCGAUUCACCGCCGCCCCCCGCCGCCGUCGAAACCACCGUGACCCCUCUGAACCCCACCCUGCGGUCCGCCCGGCUGUCCGUCGAAGAGGAGGAGCAGGAGGAGCCCGCCGGCUUCAACAGCCCUCCUGAAGGUGCCACGCUCCCCAACUUCCACAAGACUCGAGUACGGCUGUCGUUCAAGAGGCGUCCGCCCACCAGACAGCACAGGAGGUCAGCGGGGGAGGAGGCGUCGCUCUUGCAGUCGCCGGGCGAGUGCACUUCAGUCGAAGCCAACGGGGACGGCGUUUUACAAUGCCCGGACCGGGUCACUCUCGAAGAAGGCGAGGGUGAAGAGGACGAGCGCAGGGACAGUCAAGAGAAGCAGGGGGCGCGAGCGAAGACACCUCCAGAGGACGAAGAGGAGACUCGGGGAGAGGAGGAGGCGCGGCGGCCCCAGCAGAUGGAUGGUGGAGAUGCCCGCUGAUCGGUCAAAUGUGACUGCAAAAAGAAGAAAAAAUCCGGAAAAAAUGAUUUCGGAAUAUUUCCCCAAGUUUUACAAAAAAAAAGCCAACUUGCCUGCUCUGACGCCCUCGGGUGGCCCUUAUAGAACAAGCCCUGAAGUGUAUAUGUGGACAAUAUACCGGACAGUACAUUGCUGUUGAUCGAUCGAUAGCCACGCGGGAGUACACGGGAGUACGAGGGCCACCCUGAAAAGAAAGGAAAGAAUGACACUAAAAAAAAUGGAAGCUGUCAUCUUACCAGAAACAUAGUAUUUUUUUUCCAAAUUUAUCUUUUAUAAUUUAAAGUCAUAAUUUUAAGGAAAUAAAGUUAGAUUAUUUAGAUUUUUACAUCUUUUCCCCCCCUCAAAAACAUUUUCACUUUAUUCUCUCAAUAUCGGGUCUUGUAUCUUGAAAAUAUACAAGUUUAUUCUUGCAUUAGAACAACUUUAAUUUUGGAAAUAUGUUCUUUCUCAAAAGUUCGAAAAUAUAUGAUUUCAUUCUUAUAAUAUUUUGACUUUAUUCCUGUAAUAUUAUGACUUUAAUCUAAAAAAUAUUCAACUUUCCUUUCUCGUAAGUAGACUAUUUUUUAAAUGAAAAUAUAUAAUUUUAUCAUAAUGCUGGACAGCAAUUUCAGUCUUAGAAAUAUAGAUUUUUUUUCCCCCAAAGUACACCAAUUUUUGGGAGGAAAUGCAUGAUUUUAUUGUUGCAAUAUGUCUUGUAAAAUUACAAAUUUAGUCUAAAAAUGUCCACCUUUUCUUUCUUAAAAAUACACUUUUGUUAUACUACACUAGUAUUUAAGUAUAACAAUCUCAAUCUCAAAUAUAGAGGUUUUUUGUGAAAAUAUAAAACUUUGAUGGCGGCACGGUGGAGCAGCUGGGGUUCAAAUCCCGGCCCCACCUACGUGGAGUUUGCAUGUUCUCGCCGUGGCUGUGUGGGUCUACUCCGGGCACUUUGGUUUCCUCCCACAUCCCAAAAUCAUGCAACAUUAAUUGGAGACUCUAAAUUGCCCUUAGGUUUGAUUGUGAGUGCGGCCGUUUGUCUGUUUCCAUGUGCCCUGUGAUUGGCUGGCAACCAGUUCUGGGUAUACCUC